GCAGAGCGAUGACGUCACGGCGGAGUUGCCAUGGCGGCGCUGAGCAGCCUGGCGUCGGCGCUGGAGUCGUACAGGGGCCGGGACCGCCUGAUCCGGAUGCUGGGGUAUUGCUGUCAGCUGGUGGGCGGGGUCCUGGUGGCUCAGAGUCCUGGCUCGGACACAGGGACCCGCCUGCUGACACUGUCAUCCCAGCUCAGCCACUGCAGGACCGUCCUGAGGCUCUUUGAUGACCUCACCAUGUUUCUCUACACCAAGCAGUACGGCCUGGGGGCGCAGGAGGAGGAUAUCUUUGUCCGUUGUGUGUCCGUCCUGGGCAACGCAGCCGACCAGCUGUACUACCCUUGUGAGCAUCUGGCCUGGGCCUCCGACGCCGGUGUCUUACGCCUGGACUCUACCCGCUGGUGGACACUCAGCACGGCCUUCUGGGGCCUCUCUCUUCUGCUAGGGGUCGCCCGGUCCCUGUGGAUGGUGGUGAAGCUGAGACAGAAGCUGAGGCAGCCACCAGAGACCCUCAUCGGCCGGCCACCCCGGAGCCCGCGGAAGGUGUUAGAGACGCAGGUGCUUGCAGAACUGCUGUCUCUCCUGAGCAACGUGGCGGACCUGGCCAUCUCAGUCCACUGGCUGCCCCGAGGCCUGCUCUGGUCCGGCCGCCUCCCGCCCUGGCUGCUCGGGCUGCUGGGUACCAUCUCCUCACUCCUCACUAUCUACCAGGCCGUGUGGUUCGAGCCUGCCACCCCCUGAUCCAAUCCCAGGACUGCAGGAGGGUUAUUGCUGGGGCUCGGUGCCUACACCAUGAAUCCACUGCUCCUGGAGGCCAUUUUCCCCCCUUUUGUUGCCCUUGUUGUGGUUAUUAUUGUUGAUGUCAUUCAUUGUUGGAUGGGACAGAGAGAAAUGGAGAGAGGAGGGGAAGACAGAGAAGGGGAGAGAAAGACAGACACCUGCAGACCUGCUUCACUGUCUGUGAAGCGACUUCCCUGCAGGUGGGGAGCUGGGGGCUUGAACCGGGAUCCUUCCGCCGCCGGUCCUUGCGCUUUGCGCCACCUGCGCUUAACCCGCUGCACUACCGCCCGACUCCCUGCCACCAACUUUCUAUUAUUCCUCUUCCGUUCUCCUUCCUUCCUUCGCCAAAAAUUUCAGAGUGACACUGGGCAGGGGAGACAGCAUCAUGGCUCUGUAAAAAGACUCUCCUGCCUGAGGCUCUGAGGUCCCAGGUUCAACCCCCCCCCAGCACCACCAUCAGCCAGAGUUGAGCAGGGCUCAGCUCUUUCUCUCUGUAUCUUUCCCAUGAUAAUAAAACAAAAAGGGGCUGGGCCAUGGUGCACCCAGGAGUGACCACGUUACCAUAUGCACAAGGAUCUAGAUUCAAGCCCCCAUCCCCACCUGCAGGGGUGGGGGGAAAGCUUCACAGGCAGUGAAGCAGGGCUGUAGGUGUUUGUCUGUCUCCCUCUCGAUUUCUCUGUCCUAUCUAAUAAAAUUUCUUAAAAAAAAAAAAGCUGUAUUGCAGAAAAACCAAUGGUUCUGGGCCAGGGGA